UAUUUGAUCAAAGUCGCUGCUACAUUAUUGAAGACGUAGUUGAUUUCCAAAAGGUGUUAAAUCCACGUUUGUACUAUAGUCUUUAGAAGGUGAACAUCAAUCAGCAGGGACAUUGGCAUUAUGGCUACCUCGCUCGCAUUGCCGCUAGCAGGGAAAGUAGCGAUAGUUACUGCAUCAACGCAGGGUAUCGGCUUGGCCAUAUCGAGAAGACUUGCCAAGGAUGGAGCCCGAGUUGUCAUCAGCAGUAGGAAGCAAGGAAACGUUGAUAAAGCUCAAAAGCAGUUACAGGAUGAAGGAUUAGAUGUCACUGGAAUGGUCUGCCAUGUGGGCAAUGCGGAAGACAGAAAAACUCUUGUUACAAAGACGCUCGAGAGAAAUGGCUCCAUUGACAUCCUCAUUUCUAAUGCAGCUGCAAAUCCAGCUAUGGGUAAUAUCUUUGAUACAACUGAAGAGCAGUGGACGAAAAUCUUUGACACUAAUGUUAAAAGUGCUUUCUUUCUCGCUAAGGAAGUGGCGCCUCAUAUGCAAAAAAAGGGCAAUGGAAAUAUCGUAUUCGUGACCUCUAUUGGUGGAUAUCAACCUUUUGAGCUCUUAGGAUGUUACUCGGUUAGCAAAACUGCUCUUCUAGGGUUGGUCAAAGCGAUGGCGCCACAAUGCGCAGAAAUGGGAAUCCGUGUAAAUGGAGUUGCGCCGGGUGUAAUUAGGACAAAGUUCAGUGCUCCUCUUCACACUUCAACUUCCAUUGCAGAGGAGGUGCUGAAGCAGGUGCCUGUAAAGCGGUUUGGGGAGCCGGUAGAGGUAGCUGGUACCGUAUCGUACCUGGUGUCAGACGAUGCCUCGUAUGUUACUGGUGAGACAAUUGUCAUUGCUGGUGGCAUGCAAUCGAGACUGUAGCUGAUCAGUAGUGAGCAGCAGUGUGUGCAAAAUACAUGAGCGUGCCCAAGUAUAUAGAAUAAUUUUGAUAAAAUUAUUGCUCUAUGUGAUUGUCAAAUAUUUAAAGUGGAAAAUCUUCAUUUAAUUAUUGUUUCUAAGACAAAAUAAUGGUUGAUGCUUGUUGCCAAUGAUUUACAUAAUGUAUGUAGAUACCACGAUUUACGUGAAUAGGAACCAUUAUUAAUGACAACUACGAUCCCUUGACUAAAUCUGGAUAUUUGAAAUUUUAACAUUAUUUGCAAACGAGCAUAUGCAAUUUAUUUACAUAUGACUAUGUGAUCAACCACAUUAGUAAUUUAGUCAAAUGUGUUUUAAUUAGGGUAUGCUAUAAUUAUCAU